UUCCAAACAGGCAGCUCAAACCCAAAAGCCACAAUGUUUGUCAAGUACUUCCUAUUGCUUCUCCUCGCAGUGGUGCUUCUUACCACCACUCAAGCUCUGAAGCAUCCCUCCGACUCUGCCCAUGAAGUGAUUCCGGUCAGCAACCAAAAGCUUCCGAGCACCACCGCCACCGACACCGAGCCUGCGUCGGAGCAUGAGGAAUCCAAGUUCUACAGGAAGCGACCCUACAAAAAGUACCCACCCUACAAGAGGUACCCACCAUACAAGAAACGCCCCCCAUACAAGAAGUACCCACCAUCCUCCAACUAAACGCCACCCACAAAAUUAUGACUAUGAAAUAAGCGCCGCUGCAGUCGGCGGCGCCCAAGUUUCCCAAGUUUAGGGUAAGUUUACGAGGUUUAAGUUGUGUAGUAUGUUAAUUUGAAUUUGGCAUGUGCCAUAUGUUGUGUUACGUCUCCAUACUCCUCCACUUCUCUCGUCUAUCAUUCAAUAAAAAGUUAUAUUAUGUCUCUUUCUUU